UUGCAUUCUCAAAGUCCGUCCCUCUUGGAUCUCCGCACUUUUUCUUAUACUAUUGCUGCAGCCCUCCUGCCCCGUCCGACCCAGCUAGGCCUGCUUCUUGCAUAACUUUUCUGCAUACCUCAUGUGAGUCUACGUGUUUCGCGCUGGGCUUCUCACAUGUUCAGUUCUUCCUGCACUUAGCCUUCCUUUGGAUCUUCAACCUGCGUCGCACGGUUGUUGUACCUGUUCCACGCUUCACACCAAAUCUGCAUUGCCGCUUUGACGUCGCGGCCGUUCUCAAGAGCCUGCGCUGUCAUUGCAUGCAGCCUGCCGUCGCGGAAGUCACUCAGCGAACAGUAUCGGUUCGCCCCAGCUUUUUGGGCAUAUCGCUCCACUGCGACCAAGCGUGUAUUGCUCUACCGGCUUUGAUACGGGCGCUUCUUCAAAGGAUCGCCUGUAUCAAAGCGUAGGCCAUCUCAUCAGCACGAAUGAGCUUGACCAUGACAAUGGAACACGAGCAGCAUCAUGAACACGGAUUUGGAUAUCACGAUGGCAGCUCACAGUGGUUGGGUGGAAACUCGGGCUUCAGUUCGCAACACCAGUCGCCCAUACACGAGCACGAUGGGUUCGCAUUUACUCCAAUGUCAAUGGAGCCAAUGUAUUCGUCUAGCAUGCCACCACCAAGAUCGAACUAUCAGUCACUUCAACCGCUCAUUACCCAUCAAUGGCCAAGCGAAUUGACCAGUCAAUCUUCGUACAACACGCCAAUCUUCUCCUCCACUCCGAUUCCAUCCGCUCAUAUGUCUACCCCAGUGUCUGCCCCCCCAGCGACUGGACGAACAUCUUCAACUCCUCGAAAGACUCUCACCGACGCCGACCGACGCCGGAUGUGUUUGUACGCCGAGGAACACCCAAAUGUCAAACAGACAGAGAUCGGCGCCAUGUUUGGCGUCGAACGAAGUACCGUAUCAAAAGUUCUCCGUAACAAGGAGAAGUACCUGUACCAGGAUGAAGGCAAUCGUUCGCCAGUGCGCAAACCAAAAGGCAAGUUCCCUGAUAUUGAGCGCGCACUUGCCAACUGGGCCAAAAAUCACCAAAAACAAGGACUACCCAUGAGUGACGCAUUGAUUAAGGAGAAGCUUCACCACUUUUCGCUUACGGUGGGUAAUUCGGAAGCACACCUCAAGGCCGCGAACUCUACGUCCUGGUUGGAGAAAUUCAAGCAGAAGAAUAACCUAAUGGGAGUUAAGUCACGCAAGAAUAGCAUCGCAGAAGAAAGCGAGACGAGCAACCCAGCAUCCGGAGCUCAAACACCUAAUAUCUCCCCAACUUCUCCACCCCCAACAAAGGAGCCGUCACCAGCGAAUACGGACAACGGGUCUAGGACAGCUACAAAAUCCGAAUCCCCUGACCUCAGUCAAAACGUCGACUUUUUUUCUAACCACAAACCCUAUCACUCUUUAAGUAAUACUUCGCUAGCUAGCACUUUCAAUGAAGGUGGCUCCACCUUUUCUCCUGGGCCCCAAUCUCCAACGACGCCCUUUAUUACCUCUCCGGAUACAGCUUCUCCCUAUAUUGGCCAACAAAGUAGCCAGGUGCCUAGUCGAGUUCCCUCUGUGUCUGCUUCCAACAGCGGAUUCACGCCUCAGAGACCGAGGAGUCAGACCUUUCCUAUGCAUGGCAUUGAACCAGGAACAUACGUAUCACCGCCUAGCUCAGAACCGCUAACGCCUAAGUUCACAGGCCAGGCGGUGCUGGAUAAUGAUUUGUCUGGGAAUGUGCUGAGCUCGGUCGAGGAGAUGCAUGAGCACGGCCUGCCACUUCCAGCGACAUCAAUGCAACCGCCUCCACCGCCGAUCGUACCCUCACCGCAGCCAAUGGGUCAUGGUCACCAUUCGUCACCCAUUACUCCAAGCUCAGUCGUUAAUCCGCAAAUGAGUCUGAGUCCAAGCAUCGAGGACACAAAGCGCGCACUUGAAGUCGUCAUGAACUUUUUCCAGAACCAGCCAAGUGGUUUUGUCGAGCCACAGGAGUACAUGAUGAUGGGCAAGCUCAUGGAGAAGCUCAAGCUACAACAUCACCUCCCUGUGUCUACCGGUGGCGAAAUGCCGGGUGGAAUGCACAGAAUACCAAGCGGUGACUUCAAUCACGGGGUCUAUUUGGGCAAAGACUGAGAACACCAAACGGAUUUUUUUUUUCCAGAUCAAACAUCAAGCAUAGCUUUGCUACUUCUCCUUACGUGAUUCGCAGGAGCGAAACUUGUACUCCCUUGUCCUUCUCGGAAAGGGUGAUCACACUGGUUUCUACGCAACUAAUGACAGCGCCGCAUCGAGCAUCUGCUCACAGUUUUCCGAUUUGUCGAACAAAAUCUGUCCGAUUCAUGUAUAGCGAUCCGAGCGUCACCCCCAACCUCCAAAAAAAUAUAAAGAAACAGGGCCUCACGGCCAAAUAGCCUCAUAUCUAUACCAACUCGUAUCCAACAUCACCGCAUCGGCAACAUCUAGGCUACAAGUACAAGAUUGGCUGCGCGCGAGCGCAAAAUGGAAAGGAUUUCAAGACUAUUUUCUUAUUGGCAGGGAGGCAUAUGCGCAGGGAGACGCUUUUCGGUGGUGCCAACUCUCGUAGGAGGUCGGCAAUUUCCAGCACUUUUCUCAUCUUCUGCUUGCUGUCCUUUCGCUAUUCUAGGCGUUGUGGGGGUCUUCUGCCUGUUUAUACUCACGACCCCAAAGCAGAAUCUCUAUAGACAAGCCUGCGCCUUCAAGGGCAAGACCAAUGGGGUCUUUUCAGCGCUUCGAAAAGAGAAAUGCUACGACUUUGUGUACAUAUCAACAGCAGUUUUUGAGUAAUUUCGGUGCUUAUUUGCAUGAAUUUUCGCUAAUAAAGCGGUCAGUCUUUCUCUUCACCGAUUCUUUCCCUCAUCAGCCCAUUUACAUCUUUCUCGCCCAACUCAGG